AUGGUGGUGGAGGAUCGGAAGGGUGCAGCAGGCCGUAGCUGUUUAAGUAGUCGUUUGACCACAUCACUGCAAGUUCCAAGCACACCGAUGUUGAAGUGGCUGAGCUUGCCAGAUGCCAUGGCAUAUAGUCCUCCACAAUCACUUCUGCCUUGCUCGGAGCUGAGUCGACGAUUAGGAUCUGGAUCCUCCGGCUGGACUUGGGCGGCGUCCACACCACUGAACUCGCUGGGAGUUGGUCUUUCUCCCUCUCAACCCAGUAACAAGCUCGCCAUCAAGACACUGAUUUCGACGGGCUAUAAUGGUACUUGA